UGUUGUGUUCAUCAGUGCAACUAUUGGCCAGGCAAAAGAGAUAGGGUCUUUAAGAAAACCUGAAGCAACCCCGCUAACUUCUCUUUGUUUCACACUCGCUAAUCAUGGCGGAGUCCAUGCAAAGGUAGCAAUUUUCUUUCAUGGAGGUUCUCUAUUUGCCAUACAGUAACAUGCCUUUCUGGUUGCUGAGUUCUUUUCCUUCUGUCAGGUAUGCAGUUGUGACAGGGGCAAACAAGGGCAUUGGACUUGAAAUAUGUAAGCAGUUAGCCUGUAAAGGGAUCACGGUGGUGUUAACUGCUAGAGAUGAGAAAAGGGGUCUUGAGGCUCUUGAAAAUCUGAAACACUCUGGUCUCUCGGAUCAUCUAGUUUUCCACCAGCUUGAUGUGGCCGACCCUGCAAGCAUCGCUUCUCUAGCAGAUUUUGUGAAGAAACAGUUUGGGAAGCUUGAUAUCUUGGUGAACAAUGCCGGGAUAGUAGGAGUAAACAUUGAUGCUUUAAACGCUUCAGACAUUUCCGGUGCUCAGGAAGGUUGGAAUACCAUUUGGAGUAAAUUGAGUGCAACUUACGAGGCAGCAGAAGAAUGCCUGAAAACAAACUACUAUGGCGCUAUAAGAACAGCCGAAGCACUUAUUCCCUUGCUGCAGUUAUCUGACUUACCAAGGAUUGUAAACGUUUCCUCCUCUGUGGUCAUGUUAAAGCAUACUACCGGUGAACGGCUCAAAGGAAUAUUAACUGGUUUUACCACUGAAGAGAAGCUGAACGACUUCCUCACUGAAUAUCUGAAAGAUUUUAAGGAGGGUUUACUAGAAAGUAAAGGUUGGCCAACCGCCUUCUCUGCCUAUACAGUCUCAAAAGUAGCCAUGAAUGCCCACACAAGGAUUCUGGCCAAGAAGUAUCCGAAUUUCUGCAUCAACUGUGUUUGCCCUGGCUUUGUCAAAACAGAUAUAAAUUUCAAUACUGGUAAGUUAACUGUUGAAGAAGGCGCCGCAAGUCCUGUUAAGUUAGCACUAUUGCCAAAUGGUGGUCCUUCUGGCCUUUUCUUCAAUCGGAGUGAACCUGCAAGUUUCGACUCAGAUAAUUGAUGCUACUGCUAUAAAUAAUACAAUCUCACCAGAGAUGCAACGCAGCUUUCGUUUUCUCUCAUCCUGUCCCAGUACAAUGAAAUCGCAUAAGAAAUCUUGUGGUGUAACUUUCUUUUGCAAAGUUUGUUUUGUAAAUUCCCAAUUUAUGUGGGUCAAUUACACCAUAUGGUUAAUGCACAGUGGACAAUUUGCAUAGGACUAGAA